AGUUUUGACGUGUAGCGAGAAGAACUGUACUUCCACGUCACCCGGAGCACUAGCUAGUAAAGGGGCAUCCUGUAGUUGGAGUCUGAGUGCCUUCCAUCUGGCUCUCAUUCCUGAGUAAAAUUUUUGACGUUUGGGACUCCCUGUAGCAGUAGCUGACAACAUGACAGCUGCAGAAAAUGUUUGUUACACAUUGAUCAAUGUGGCGAUGGAUUCAGAGCCUCCUUCUGAGAUCAGCCUUAAGACAGAUCUUGAAAAGGGAGAUGUGAAAUCUAAAACAGAAGCUCUGAAGAAAGUCAUUAUUAUGAUCCUGAAUGGAGAGAAGCUUCCUGGACUGCUGAUGACCAUCAUUCGCUUUGUACUGCCAUUACAGGACCACACUAUCAAAAAGCUGCUACUUGUUUUUUGGGAGAUAGUGCCAAAGACAACACCUGAUGGCAAGCUGCUGCAAGAAAUGAUCCUUGUGUGCGAUGCUUACAGGAAGGAUCUCCAGCAUCCCAAUGAAUUUAUCCGUGGUUCCACACUUCGUUUCCUAUGCAAACUGAAGGAGCCCGAGUUGUUGGAACCCCUGAUGCCAGCUAUACGUGCAUGCUUAGAGCAUCGUCAUAGCUAUGUACGCAGAAAUGCAGUCCUUGCGAUCUACACCAUCUAUAGAAAUUUUGAAAACCUAAUUCCUGAUGCACCCGAACUGAUCCAUGACUUUUUGGUGAAUGAAAAGGAUGCAAGCUGUAAAAGGAAUGCAUUUAUGAUGCUUAUUCAUGCAGACCAGGACCGUGCUCUGGAUUAUCUCAGCACUUGCAUUGAUCAAGUUCAUACAUUUGGGGACAUUCUUCAGCUAGUAAUUGUUGAACUGAUUUACAAGGUUUGUCAUGCCAACCCGACAGAAAGAGCUCGCUUUAUUCGCUGCAUCUACAAUUUGCUUCAGUCAUCCAGUCCUGCAGUGAAAUAUGAAGCAGCAGGGACAUUAGUUACACUGUCCAGUGCUCCGACAGCCAUUAAGGCUGCAGCGCAGUGUUAUAUUGACCUGAUUAUUAAAGAGAGUGAUAAUAACGUAAAACUGAUUGUGCUUGAUCGUCUGAUUGAACUGAAGGACCACCCGACACAUGAACGGGUAUUACAGGAUCUGGUUAUGGACAUUCUUAGAGUUCUCACUACUCCAGAUUUAGAAGUGCGCAAAAAAACAUUACAACUUGCACUUGACCUUGUGUCUUCACGAAAUGUUGAAGAGCUGGUGAUUGUCUUGAAGAAAGAAGUUAUUAAAACAAACAAUGUGACAGAACAUGAAGAUACAGACAAGUACAGGCAACUACUAGUUCGUACACUGCACUCCUGCAGUGUCCGGUUCCCUGAUAUGGCUGGAAGUGUUAUUCCAGUGUUGAUGGAGUUCCUAAGUGAUAAUAAUGAGGCUGCGGCUGCUGAUGUGCUUGAGUUUGUACGAGAAGCCAUUCAGAGAUUCGAUAACCUAAGACCUGUAAUCAUAGAAAAGAUGUUGGAAGUAUUCCUCUCUAUCAAGUCUGUCAAGAUUUACCGUGGAGCUUUAUGGAUCUUGGGAGAGUACUGCAGUACAAAAGAAGAUAUCCAGAGUGUAAUGACUGAAAUACGUAGGUCACUAGGAGAGAUCCCUAUAGUAGAAACAGAAAUACGGAAAGAAGCAGGUGAACUGAAACCUGAAGAAGAGGUUUCUGUAACUCCAGCACAUAAACUAGUGACUGAGAUGGGAACUUAUGCUACCCAGAGUGCCCUUAGUAGUUCUCGGCCAUCCAAAAAGGAUGAAGAAAGGCCUCCUUUAAGAGGGUUUCUCAUGGAUGGAGACUUCUUUGUUGCCGCAUCACUUGCAACAACAUUAACAAAGAUUGCUUUGCGUUAUGUUACUAUAGUACCAGACAAAAAAAGGCAAAAUUCUUUUAUUGCUGAAGCAAUGCUGAUCAUGGCCACCAUUCUGCACUUGGGGAAGUCUUCUCUGCCUAAGAAGCCUAUUACAGAUGAUGAUGUUGAUCGCAUCUCCUUGUGUCUGAAGGUCCUGUCUGAGUGUUCUCCUUUGAUGAAUGACAUUUUUAACAGAGAGUGCAGGCAGUCCUUAUCUCACAUGCUGGCAGCAAAGUUAGAAGAAGAAAAACUGUCCCAAAAGAAAGAAUCAGAAAAGAGAAGUGUGACUGUACAAGCAGAUGAUCCGAUUUCUUUUAUGCAACUCAUGGCAAAGAGUGAAAUGGCCUCUAAAGAAGACCAGUUCCAGCUUAGUUUGCUGGCAGCUAUGGGCAAUACACAGAGGAAGGAAGCUGCUGACCCCCUGGCAUCAAAGCUAAAUAAGGUUACUCAGCUGACUGGCUUCUCUGAUCCAGUGUAUGCAGAAGCUUAUGUCCACGUGAAUCAGUAUGACAUCGUCUUGGAUGUGCUUGUAGUUAAUCAAACCAGUGACACAUUGCAAAAUUGUACUCUAGAGCUGGCUACAUUGGGUGACUUGAAGUUGGUGGAGAAGCCAUCUCCUUUAACUCUUGCUCCACAUGACUUUGCAAACAUAAAAGCAAAUGUCAAAGUAGCCUCAACAGAAAAUGGUAUCAUCUUUGGCAAUAUUGUAUAUGAUGUGUCUGGAGCAGCUAGUGAUCGAAAUUGUGUAGUUUUGAGUGACAUCCAUAUUGACAUUAUGGAUUAUAUCCAGCCUGCUGCUUGCACAGAUGCUGAGUUUCGACAGAUGUGGGCAGAAUUUGAAUGGGAAAAUAAGGUUACAGUGAACACAAAUAUCACCGAUCUGAAUGAAUACCUUCAACACAUUCUGAAAUCUACUAAUAUGAAGUGCCUCACACCAGAGAAGGCAUUAUCUGGUUAUUGUGGAUUCAUGGCUGCCAACCUUUAUGCACGCUCCAUUUUUGGAGAAGAUGCCCUUGCAAAUGUUAGCAUUGAAAAGCCAGUAAGUCUUGGAGCAGAUUCCCCUGUGACUGGACAUAUACGCAUCCGAGCAAAGAGCCAGGGAAUGGCUCUGAGUCUUGGAGACAAGAUUAACCUGUCUCAGAAGAAGUCAAAUGUCUAGGAAGGUUAUUGCUUUUUUGGAUCCAUCCAUGACCCUGAGACAUUAGAACUGUACUAACAAAACAAGGCUUUUUUAUAUUCUUAGAACAGUGUUUGCUUUUACACUGACUCCAUUGCACCUAUUAAUUUAUCUCAUUGUACAAAAUAAAGUUACCUGUAAGAUGUCAUUGUCUGCCAUAUGGAAUUUUGUAUGUGGUAAUGGAAUUUCUCUGAUUUACAGUAAGGUGUAUCACAGUACAUUAAAGAAAUUUGUACCAGGAAA